AACCUUUCGCGUUCGCUUGAAUUCGGGAAAAUCCCUGUGUUUCUGAUGAAGAAUAAAUCAGGGACCGAGGACUAAAUUGUAGCUUUACAGAAUAUAACUGUUCAUUAUUUGGAGGUAUCUGCUGCGAGGUUCCAGAAUGAGACCUCCGUAAUUUUUAUUAAAUGGAAAAGUCAUUGGAGUCUUACUUAACGGGAGUUAACACACAGAGUAAGACAGAUACAGACAGAAUGACAGAGAGAGACAGGGGAGAGAAGUUAGCAAUGGAUCAGAUGUUAUGGGAUGACGAUGACGAGGAUGAUGAAGAGGAUGAUGAGAAUGAAGAUGAAGGAGAUGAAGACGUCGAUGACAAUGAUGAGGAAGAUGAGGAAGACAUACCAAGCAGUGAACAAAGCGAUGAUGAUGAGGAGGAGGAUAUAGAAGAUGAAGACAAAAGUUCAUGUUCAGCGGAGGCAGAUGAAAGGUCAGAACUCAAGGAGGAAAUGGAGGAAAUAAGCAAAGAGGAGACAAAGGUUGAACUCCCAGAACAAAAACAGACAGAUGUAAACAACAGUACGUCAGAACCAGCAACUAAAAAACGGAAACGAAAGCGAGCCACAGGGGAAAAAGGGAAAAGAAAAAAAUCCAAGAAAAUGAAACCCUCCACAUUAAGGAGAAACAUCAGGGACAUCCUUAAAGAGAAUGACCUUGACAAGGAGACCUUGGACGCCCAGCAGGAAGAAGCCAAGCGUCGUCAGAGAAUUCUGGAGGUACAGAAAGCUCUAGAGGAGCAACGAAAGAAAGAGAUGGAAGAAAAUGACUCACAACUUAAGUCCCUGUUACAGAUGGAUGAUGAAGAUAAGAGUAGUGAUGUCAUUUAUUUGGACAGCAGCGAUGAGGGACGAUCAAGAAGGAAAUCCAAAGACAGUGAUGUGAUAGAACUGAGCAGUGAUGAAGAAGAUAUUCUGAUGACAAAGGAUGAAGACAAUGACGUGGACCCAGAGGAUCCGAACAAUGCAGGCAGUCACAUCAACGAUGCUCUCAACGUCCACGAUGACUUUGGUCGAGUUUUAGUCAACAUUGGACAUCCACCAGAUGAACCAGACAUAUUUCUGGCACCUCAAAUAGCUAGAUACAUCAAAAAACACCAGAUUGGUGGCGUUCGGUUCCUGUAUGACAAUCUCAUUGAGUCCCUGAGCAGGUAUCGGAACAGCCCUGGUUUCGGUUGCAUUUUGGCUCACAGUAUGGGUCUAGGUAAGACGAUUCAGAUGAUCUCCUUUGUGGAUGUGUUCCUGAGAUGUGCCAAAGCCCGGACGGUUCUCCUCAUCGUCCCCAUCAACACACUACAGAACUGGAUGGCCGAGUUUAACAUGUGGUGCCCUUCCCAGGAUAUGGUGGGAGAUCUGGGAACAGAUCAUGUGAUCCCCAGACCGUUUAACGUGUACCUUCUCAAUGAUAACUUCAAAUCCACAGGAGCCAGGGCCAAGGUCAUAGGGGAGUGGUACACAAAGGGAGGAGUUUUAUUGAUGGGGUAUGAGAUGUACAGAUUACUGUCUAGUCGCAAAGGUCACAUGGCAGAUGUCAGGGUCAAAAAACCAAAGAAGACCUCGGCAUCUCCUGUCGUAAUCGACGUGGAUGAGGAGGAUAAAAAUAAGGAGCUCUUAGUGGGUGUCCAUGAAGCCCUGAUCAACCCAGGCCCUGACCUUGUUGUGUGUGAUGAAGGUCACCGAAUUAAAAAUAGCCAAGCUGGAAUCUCACAGUCCCUCAAAAACAUCAAAACCAGACGACGUGUCGUGUUAACUGGGUACCCUUUGCAGAACAACCUCAUGGAGUACUGGUGUAUGGUAGAUUUUGUCCGUCCCAAUUAUCUCGGCACCAAAACAGAAUUCAGCAACAUGUUUGAGCGACCAAUAACGAAUGGCCAAUGUCAGGACAGUACACCAGCUGAUGUGAAACUAAUGAGAUAUCGAGCUCAUGUACUCCAUAGCUUAUUGGAGGGGUUUAUACAAAGGCGAGGUCACACUGUGUUACAAGAAGCCCUUCCACCAAAACAGGAGUUGAUACUCUUAGUUCGCAUGUCCCAAAUCCAGCGAACACUAUACAGGGAGUUCAUGAACUCACUUCAGAUUCAGAAUCUCGGGUCCUGGGCGAGCACGAACCCACUCAAAGCUUUCGCUGUUUGUUGUAAGAUAUGGAAUCACCCCGACAUUUUAUACAACUUAAUCCAGAAGAAGAACAGCAUUACUGAUGACAAUGACCUUGACAUUGAGACAGAAACUGGAACAGGGGGGAAGAAGAAGAAAUGUGUGAAGAAGAAACCCCCCAAGAGCCCCCAACCUGUGGACCAGUAUUACCCUCCCUAUGAAAGGGGGCAGGAAAUCAGCUAUGACUGGGUGAGUGACCUAUUUAAAAACUACGCAAGUGGACUAUUGGAGUCCGGAGGAAAAAUGGUCAUCCUGUUCAAGAUAUUGGAGGAGGCAUUAGCCAUAGGAGAUAAAAUCCUAGUGUUCAGUCAAAGUCUCUUCACUCUCGAUCUUUUGGAGGAAUUUCUGUCCAAGAGAAAAGUCCCACGUCCAGACAUGGAUGAAAACUGGUGCAAGAAUCAGAGCUAUUUUCGAUUAGAUGGCAGUACAUCAGCCCAGGAGAGAGAGAAGCUGAUCAAUCAGUUCAACUCAGCGGACAACAAUAAAUCAUGGCUGUUCCUUCUGUCCACGAGAGCAGGGUCACUAGGGGUCAACCUGGUAGGAGCCAAUCGUGUUGUAGUCCUGGAUGCUUCCUGGAAUCCGUGUCAUGACUGCCAGGCUAUCUGUCGAGUUUUCCGGUUUGGACAAGUCAAACCUAGCUACGUGUACCGACUGGUGACGGAUAACAGCAUGGAAAAAAAGAUCUACGAUCGCCAGGUCACUAAACAAGGAAUGUCUAAUCGUGUGAUUGACGAGAUGCAGAUACAGAAUCAUCUGACGAGACGACAAGUGGACAAUUUACUUCAUUUUGAGGACAAGGAAGAUGAGUUUAUAGACUUCAGCCAGGAGGAUUAUGAUGAUCCAAUCAUGAGCAAGAUACUACAGACCGAAGGUCACUGGCUGACCAGGAAACCAUUUGAACACGAGUCCCUAUUAAUUGAUAAGAAGGAACUAAGACUGACGAAAAAAGAAAAGCGACUUGCCCAGCAGAGCUACGUGAUGGAGAAACGUCUCAAUGUCUCUUACUCUCGACCGUCCUAUGCCGCUUUCUACCCCAAGGGACAAGAAGGCCCCUCCCGCCAGAUCAAGAUUGUUUCCCCACCUUCACAGCCGAUCUGGCCAUCCACUACCUAUACCUCUCGACCAGUAGCUAGUGUUAAACCCAUGGUAACGACCCCAGUUCCCAUGCAACCAAAGGGGGUUGGAAGAGGAGACAACAGAAACCUGCCAAUCAUCAGCAAAAACAAACCUGGUGUGUCUGUGCACAAAGUCCUUACUACAACAGAUAUUAUGUUACCGGGGACAGCCACCAGUACACAGUCUACAGCGGGUACCAACAGAAUUCCAGCUGGACAACAAAUCUUCAUCAUUAAGACUCCCAAGGGCGUGUACAUACGAACAAACUCGGGAAAGAUUUUUGCUGUCCGAGCAAAGUUUCCAUUGCCCGGGACAACCACUGCUGCUGCCACGACAACAUCCUCUCUUGCUACCACAGCAACCAGUGGAAGUUCAGUCUUAACAACAGCUGACCUUCUGGCCUCCUCAGAGGAAUCCGCCGACUCCCAGAGUGAAUCUCAGACCAAUCCAGCAUCAUCCAAAGAGGCUGACACGACAGACAUUCUGGCCUCUCUUUAUUCCACCCCCUCCCAGGACAAGCCCUCAAUCUCUCGCACGGACUCCAGUGCUUCACUUGCUUCACAAUUUGGCCGAUCUGACAUGUUGGGGGAGAUAAACAGUCAAAAGUCAAACCAUUCAGAAUUUAGCAACACUGCGGGAACAGACAGAAUGACAGACAACUCUGAUAAUUCUAUAGUACGUGAGGAGGAACCACGUUAUCCUAAAAUAGCCCCCAACAGGAUUUCAUCCCAGCAAAGGGGCAAUUCCACAAUGUCUUCUCAGAUGGGGGAUACUUCUAAUAUGUUAGCCCAAAUGGGGGGUAACUCUAAUAUGUCAUCUCAGAUGGGUGGAAACUCUAAUAUGUCAUCCCAAAUUGAUGGUAUAUCUAAUAUGUCAUCGCAGAUUGGCGGUAAUUCUAGUUCAUCAUCUUCGAUGGGGGCUAAUCCUAAUAUGUCACCCAAUUUUGGUGGCAAUGCUACAAUGUCAUCUCAGAUGACAGGUAAUUCAGCGAUGCCUCAGUACCAGCUUCCAAUGGGAGGAGGAAUGGCACCCCCUCACAUGCCAUAUCUGUUCCAGAAUCAGCUCAUGUUUAACCAGGGUGGGGGCUACCCCCCAAUGUCUGGGAUGGGCUCUAUGCCCUACUCCAGUCCUAUGCCUAAUGAAGAAACCCCCACAUCUUCUGUCCCCUCCUCUCUGCCUCCCACCAGUAGUCAAAUGUCCAUGCCAUCUAUGACCGGGAUGCCUUCUAUGCCUAUGAUGGGGUUCCCAUUUGCCCCUUACCCCUUCCCUAUGCCACAGCCGUAUUUAAUGCCAGGAAUGGACCCUUCCUUCAUGCCACAUCUCCCAAUGCCUGGACAACAGCAAUAUAACAUGCAUCAUGGCAUGCACAUGCCAGGAUCAAGUACAAUGAUGCCCCCGGAGUAUCCAGGUUCCAAGGAUUAUCGUGGAAAUUUAGGUCAGAACACGGCAGAGUUUCAGUCUGGACAAAAUAUGGAAAUGAAGCACCAAGACAAAGUGGAUAUGUGAACAUAUAGAAAACUAAGAAACUUUUAACAGACCCUCAACAUGUGAACUAAAAUGCCAUUGAUGUAAAAUUAUUUAGAGCCAUCAUGUGACAUCAAAAAUUGAUUGAUAGUUUUUACACAAUAAUAAGGCAUUCUGUUGAGGACCAAGUGUAGCUUGUACAAGAUUUCAGCAAAGUUCACCAUCUAAACUGAUUUCUGAGAUUCAUUCAUUAUGACAGGCUACAUUACAUGGGCAUCAAGUUAUUGAAAUUUUCUAUCUAGUGAACAGUACUGUCCCAGUGGUAGAAAUGCCUCUACCACAUGUACAGACAUACAGUGUACUUUGUAGUCAUGGUUACUGUUGCCAUGACAAUAAUGACAGCAGGCUCCCCCUGGAGACUGACAAAUGCAAUAGACAACAGUGAAUGUCAUAGUGAAUUAGAUGUUGUGAUGCAUGCUUUAUCUAUAAAUAUCCCACUAUAGCAUAAGUACAAACCACCCCCUCCACCUAGAGUGAAUGACAUAUGUACAUUAUACAUGCCAUAGAACCAGGUGAUUUACAGUCAACUUGUUUAUAAAUUUGAUGACAUAAUUUAUUAUUAUAUUAAUUUGCAACCAAAAUACACCAAGAAAUAUAGAUCAGGUCCUGAAUGAGAUAGCGGUGUAGCAAGUACCCCUUCUCCUCAGAUAGUAUUAAUACUAGUUAUGUAAAGCAUGGUUCUAGAACUUUAAAUGUCCAUCAGUCAUCCAUCUGCUACUAUAUGUGUUUAUACAUAUUCUGUUUUAAGAAUCUACAUCCAUCACUUUUUUGUCUACAGCUCUACUUGUCGGUGAUAUUCUUGUCUCAGUAUUAUUGAAUUCUAACAAAUAAGUUUUAGGUCAAAAUUUCAUGAUCACAAACCAAGACAUUUUACCUUUAGAGCAACAUGUUCAGUUCAGUGUUAUGUACAUGUAGAAGUAUUUCUUACAAUUUCAACAGUGUCAGUUUUAAAUGCAUCGAGUCAAUUUUUUUAAUAUUGAUUGAGCUGAGUACAUUUUAAAACUACAUCUUCAUUACCUUCCUCUGAGAGGAAUACAUGUGUAAGAAUAUUCAUUUCGUUCUCAUUUGUUUUUUAAAUUCAUUAAAACAUUCUCAGAUGUG